GCGGGUGCGAGAGGUAGUGGGGCGUCAUUCUGCUUGAUAUAAACAAGUGAGGAGGGGAGAAAGAUGGCAUUAACAGGGUGAAUAUAAGGGACGCACUUGGGAUACUUCCCGCCAAAUUGUUGUCAACAGACACUCCCGCCAAAGUGCGUUUAUGUUUGAUUUAAGUUAUAUUACUUUUUGAUUUACCUCUAUUUCAGCAAUAUCUCAAUACGAUUUCGUACCCUGCUGAAAAUCUGAAGGCAAUGUACUAAUUUAUUUGUAAGAGAGACACAUCUGUGGUUAGAAAACAUGAGUAAAUUCCUCGAAGAGAUGACGUGACGACCAAUCUUGAAUGGCAAGAAUGGCAGCCAUGAUUGUCGGUGUCCUGACAUUCAGCUCCGUCCUCGGCUUAGUCAACUCCAACAUAGUUCUACACGAAAACGGAUAUGAAGGCGUCGUCGUGGCCAUAGGGGAAGGAGUGCCAGAGGAUCCGAACAUCAUUGAAAAUCUGAAGAUGAUGUUCAUGGAAGGUUCCGAGGUACUGAACGAGGCCACACGACAACGAGCAUACUUCAGGGAGGUCACUAUUGUGGUCCCUUCAACCUGGAACUACAGUGAGGACUAUAUGGCCACCACUGGCUUGGGGUGGGUUAGUGGGGCCGACGUAAGGGUGGACCUGCCCCACCCUUUACAUGGGGACUCACCCUACACCCUGCAGCUAGGUGGGUGUGGUGACCCUGGUGAGUACAUUCACCUCUCACCUGAGUACGCUGCUAAGAUGUACUCCAGUCUACUGCCUACCUUUGGCUCUCCAGGUAAGGUAUUGGUUCAUGAGUGGGCUCAUCUACGCUGGGGAGUGUUUGAUGAAUAUGGGGAACCUGCCACAUCUACACCUACCUUCUACAUCGGGGAGGACAUGCAGGUGCACGUGACGGGGUGCACUGAAGGCAUCAAGGGCUGGUUAAGGAACAUAGAUGGAUCAGAGUGCCACGCUGACGCCUCGGGGAUGCCAGACUCACAGUGCCACUUCUUCCCGGCUGAGGACAGUGACAACAACAUCACUGCCUCUCUCAUGAACCUCUACUUCCUCGACAACGUGAGAAUGUUCUGUGACAACGAAGAGCUGCCUCACAACCCUUAUGCUCCCAACGCUCACAAUAUGCAGUGUGACGGACGCUCAGUGUGGGAAGUGAUCACACAGCACCAGGACUUUAAGGACGGAGUGGUGCUUUGCCUGGUUGGGUAUCUUGUAUGUUUAUAUAUUCGGUAUUUUGUACUUUCUCUGCAUCCUAGAAGUGAUCAUGGGUCCCAGGACCUUGGACCACGGUCCUGGGUCUUUUUAAGCCAAUUUGUCGGUGUCUGUUACCAAGGCUUAUACCAUUUAUACCUGUACCUAAAUGAAUUUACCACCAGGUUCGUCAGGGAUCUGGUACCUACUGGGAGUCUACUAGCGGUAGUGUCCUUCGCUAACACGUCCCACUUAGACCUGCCCUUCACAGUGGUACCGAGGGAUCGUGAGGACAUCGUCAGUAAACUGCCUGACACCUAUGUUGUAGGUGGCUACACGGCUAUUGGUGGAGCACUCGAGUUUAUACUCCAGCUGGUGGAGAACACAGGCACGGAGAGUGAGGGAUUGAUGGUCAUACUCAUCACAGAUGGUGAGGAGACCAUGUAUCCCAAGGUGGAGACCAAAUUACCAGCCAUCAAGAGAAAACGGAUAGUCAUCAAUACUGUCUCCUUUGGUCCCAACGCUACUGACAGUCUGGAACUCUGGGCCAAGGAGACGGGAGGCAAGUCGUACUACCACAGUACUGGGUCGUCUGAUUCUCUCUCCAGCCUGGAUGCUCUCCUCUACGACUCCAUUACCACCAACCUGGACCAGCCUGACGACCAGCUCCUCCAGGUGUACCGUCGGACUCACGAGGUAGCGGCGCGAGGUGGUCUAGAGACCGGCCAGGUGGUUCUGGACUCGAGCCUCGGUCAUGAGACCAGGUUCACCUUCACUGAGAGCAUCGUCAGCCCUUAUAACCCGCACCAGCCUGGCACCAGCCUGGCACCAGCCUGGGAACAGCCUGGCACCAGCCUGGCACCAGCCUGGCACCAGCCUGGCACCAGCAUGGUACCAGCCUGGGAACAGCCUGGCACCAGCCUGGCACCAGCCUGGCACCAGCCUGGCACCUGCCUGGGAACAGCCUGGCACCUGCCUGGCACCAGCCUGGCACCAGCCUGGCACCAGCCUGGCACCAGCCUGGCACCAGUCUGGCACCAGCCUGGCACCAGUCUGGCACCAGCCUGGGAACAGCCUGGCACCAGCCUGGCACCAGUCUGGCACCAGCCUGGCACCAGUCUGGCACCAGCCUGGGAACAGCCUGGCACCAGCCUGGCACCAGUCUGGCACCAGCCUGGCACCAGCCUGGCACCAGCCUGGCACCAGCCUGGCACCUGCCUGGCACCAGCCUGGCACCAGCCUGGCACCAACCUGGCACCAGCCUGGCACCAGCCUCGCUGGUUAAUGGGGUUUAAAGCAGGUCGCUGGACCUACAUCAUCAGGAACCCUGCAGGUCACCCUCGCACCUACCCCCAACCUGACGAGGUGCAGGUUGCUGUCACCUCCCACCCCAGCAGGAAGACUGGCCAGGCUCCAGUCAGGGUGAAGGCGUGGAUGUCAGCUAACAAUAUCACCUACCCUGAACCAGCCCUGGUAUUCGCCUACGUUAGCCAGGGGUACAGCAUGGUACUCGAUGCUACAGUCACAGCAUUCAUUGUACCACCCACCGAGGAGAAGUCUAUCUCCUUCCCUCUCCUGGACAACGGCGUUGGUGCAGACUUACGGUCAGGGGAUGGGAUAUACUCUGCGUUCUUCACUCAGUAUUCCGGUAAUGGCCGGUACAGCGUCUCAGCUACCGUCUCUACCAGCAACCGUACAGCAAAACUGCAAGCCCUGUCAGGAGCGCCAGAGGGUCAUCUUCGUCAGCCCGGCACUUCCGCCCUCAGGCGCCUGACACUUCCCCUGACGGUAUCACUGCCGGAGCCGGACUCCACCUUUGCCCCGGGGGACCUGGUGCCCUCGGAGGAGCCCUCAGGGGCCCCGCAUGCGCCUUGCUGCGGCGACGUGAAUCGCAUGCGGGUAGAGCCCUUCACCAGGUUCACUUCCGGCGGCAUCUUCAAGGUACACAACUACCAGCCUGGUGACCAGCAACCUCCAGGUAGAGUGACUGACCUGACAGUGUCUUUUGUCUACCUCUACGAUGCCCUGGUAUCCCUCACCUGGACCAGCCCUGGUGACGACCUCUACACAGGCACAGCUACGGUGCUCGAACUGAGGUAUCACGAGAGUAUGAGCAUACACAGUAACUUCCACGUGGGUCACCAGGUCAACUCCAGUCACCUGACCUCCGGUGACCUGACCCCCAGGCCAGCAGGUCAGCCCCACAAUAUUACUCUCAAGAUGUUGGAUCGUAGUGUUGAGAGUCUUGAAGGUCGAGCAGUGUUCUUCGUGGUCAGAGCCAGGGAUGAGAUGGGGAACUCUGGUAAUUUGUCCAACCUCGCCACGGCUUACUUCCCUCUGAAGAAAUACACCAGGAAUAUCCAGGAGGAGCAGAAAAUGGACGCUAUGAGUGGUUUGGUAGUCCUGGUAGUCCUCGGAGUCAUCAUCCUGGUAAUGGUUAUUUUCGUGGCCUCCGUCAAGAUGCUGCACGUCAGAAAUCGUAAGGCUCGCAAGGAACAGCAGUUGGUGCGUCGGGAACAGCAAGUGCUGGAGGGAGGCAAUGUUAACAGAUUCUGUGGGUAGGGCAGGCCCAUUCCAGCUGUGGGUAGGGCAGGCCCAUUCCAGCUGUGGGUAGGGCAGGCCCAUUCCAGCUGUGGGUAGGGCAGGCCCAUUCCAGCUGUGGGUAGGCACUCCCAUGUCAAUGUUGGGACCCAUGUUGCCCACAGCAGCAUGGACUAAAUAAGGACAUAAGCAAAUUUCCCGAUAACUCUACAAUAGGCCGUCCUCUGUCAUCUGAAGAGGACCCUAGAGCACUAAAGGACAACCUGGAUAAGUUAACGACGUAUAUAUCUGGAGGCUGUUCCGGGGGUGAACGCCCCCUCGGCCCGGUCCAUGACCAGGCCUCGUGUGGUGAAAGUGGCAGUGUCCAUCAGCGUGAGCAAGUGUGAAGUUCCAGUCCUAGAAAAAGGAAGAUAACCCAUGACACAAGCUUAUUUAUGCAAAUUUUGAUCCAGUUGGGUUGAAUAAAGAUUUAUAAGUUGUGCUUGGCAGUAAUCUGAAGCCAGGACAACGGUAUAUAAACCUUCCCGAUGAUGCUGAGAGAAUUCUUGGCUUCAUAUCCAGUAGAUAUGACAGGAGUCCUCAGGUUAUGCUUCAAGUUUGCCUACCAUUGGUAAGGUCUCUUUUAGAUUAUGCUGCGCUGUUCUGGUCUCCAUAUUUACAGAAUGGACAUACCUUAUUUUCCGCCAUAUAAGGCGCACGAUCAUAUAAGACGAUGUUUGAAAGCAGUGGUAACGUAACGUUAGUAAACAACUGCUAAACUGUGACCCAGAACCUACCCUUGAUCCUUACCUUGAGCAUAUAAGGCGCAGGCUGAUUUUCCAAGAGUUGUGGAGAAAAAACGCGCCUUAUAUGCCGGAAAAUACGGUAAAUGCUCUGGGAAAAGAGAGAAGGAUGACCAAGUUGAUCCCGUGUGUCAGAGAUCCUUCCUAAGAGGAUGAGAAGAGAAGAACACAUGUAAGAAAGAAGGAACACUGCAGGCCUGCUGGCCCAUACUAGACACGUCCUUCUCAAACCCAAACACUCUAACAAAAAUAUUUAAGGAAUUCUCUAGAGUGAGGGAGAAUAAAGACAGACAUGAUGAAACUGAUAAAGUGUACAAAUGGAAAGGAAGAAUAACUAAAGGGGAUAAUAGUUACGUGUUGAGGAUACCUAGAGAAGACAGGAAUAGCAGCAGUGGGUUGACAAGCCAGUUACCUGGAUUAAGCCAACCCAGGCUACUCUGUUUAGUGCUUUAUAAAGUACUGAACAGAGAGGACUGUGACCAGUUAUCCCUACAUCAAAGACUGUGACCAGUUAUCCCUACAUCAAAGACUGUGACCAGGUAUCCCUACAUCAAAGACUGACCAGUUAUCCUUACAUCAAAGACUGUGACCAGUUAUCCCUACAUCAAAGACUGUGACCAGUUAUCCCUACAUCAAAGACUGUGACCAGUUAUCCCUACAUCAAAGACUGUGACCAGGUAUCCCUACAUCAAAGACUCUGACCAGGUAUCCCUACAUCAAAGACUGUGACCAGUUAUCCCUACAUCAAAGACUGUGACCAGUUAUCCCUACAUCAAAGACUGUGACCAGUUAUCCCUACAUCAAAGACUGUGACCAGUUAUCCCUACAUCAAAGACUGUGACCAGUUAUCCCUACAUCAAAGACUGUGACCAGGUAUCCCUACAUCAAAGACUCUGACCAGGUAUCCCUACAUCAAAGACUGUGACCAGUUAUCCCUACAUCAAAGACUGUGACCAGUUAUCCUACAUCAAAGACUGUGACCAGGUAUCCCUACAUCAAAGACUGUGACCAGGUAUCCCUACAUCAAAGACUGUGACCAGUUAUCCCUACAUCAAAGACUGUGACCAGUUAUCCCUACAUCAAAGACUGUGACCAGGUAUCCCAGCAUCAAAGACUUGGACCAGGUAUCCCUGCAUCAAAGAAUUGAACCAGGUAUCCCUGCAUCAAAGAACUGAACCAGGUAUCCCUGCAUCGAAGACUCUAACCAGGUGUCCCAACAUCAAAGACUGGGAUUAGGUAUCCCUACAUCAAAGACUGUGACCAGGUUUUCCUACAUUAAAGACUGUGACCA